AUGGUCUGGCCCUGCGUACCUCUCCAACCCAUAGCAACACUGGAUGCUAUCUUCGAGCUUUUCUGGGUAAAACUAGAGGCCCGCUCAAGAAUGAUGACACCAGCUGCCCAGUCAGCACAGGAGGCUCAGAGGUGCUGGAGAGGCCUCUGCUGGUCAUGGUGGUUUCCCAUGCUGCAGCACACAAACAUGCACACCCUCCGGGGCAGAGAAACAACAAAGUCCCCACAGACAAAAGGCCACGAGAAACUACAGUCGGAGAUUGAAUACAUGACACAGACAGAGGGCCUUACAUUGCCUCCUACAAAGGAAGAACCCAGACACCCUCAAAACACAGUCUGGAGGGAAAGCCAUGGAAGUUUGCCCUGGCCUAACACCUCCAGCAGAGGACUGAAAGCUGAUUUUAUAUACCCACUGGCAGACCCACUGCAUAAAAGCAUACAGCUGAAGCUACACCUCCACACUAGGCUGGCAGCUCAGGCCUCCAGGGUGGGCAUCGGCUGA